AUGGAGACGACACAGGACGUUGGAGCCCUAUUCGGUAACACGUUGACGGAUAUUACAGCGAACACGGUUGGUUAUCAAAAAGGAAAAUGGAUCGGAGUUAUAAUGCCAGCCUUGCGCAUUUUUCACGCACUCUUUGGUCACUCGGAUAUCCCCGAGGAGUUUGCGGUGCCACAUUCGAAUACACAAUGGCCUCAAGCCACAUGGGGACUGUGUUUGGGCCAAUUCAUCCGUCAAAGCAACGACGUCAAGCGGCUUUACAGUGUUGAAGUUGCUGCCUCGCAAGCAGAACUAAGCAAGCUGGGGUUUACGUGGACGGUGACGAAUGCUGCCGCUCGAUCGUGGAAGCAUCAGAUUCUGCCCGCAUUGCGCAUUUUCUACCAAGAACACGGUCACUGCAAUGUUAAGGACGAUUUUGUGGUUCCAGAGGGGAACCCGUGGCCUCCCUAUGCCUACGGGCUACAUCUUGGAAAUAUCGUCAAGCAGAUUCGAUCUGAACAGAGUUACACAGCUCAAGCCAGGGCAGAUAGUGAUGCGCUAGAGAAGUUAGGUUUCUUGUGGGUUCCAAGAGACAUGGAGUGGCAGGAGUGCAUUCUGCCAGCAUUGUUCACGUUUGCGGAUGAAUUUGGAGACUCCGAAUCGAUGACGUCAGAUUUUGUAGUUCCGUCCAAAGCGCCCUGGCCCAAGCAGACGUGGGGCCUACAACUCGGGAAGUUCUUAAAUGACUCACAGUGGCGCGAACAGUACUUUGUGCAAAUUGUUCGUGAUGCCGAUGCAUUGGAGGGCGUAGGCUUCGAGUUACGUCUUUCGGACUUGACCUGGAAGCAACGGAUUGAUCCAUUGAUGACAAUUUUCUUGACGGUCUCUCCGGACAAAUCGACGCUCCCCGAGGAAUUCGUUGUUCCCCAUAUGCACCCGUGGCCGAAGGUCAUGUGGGGCUUACACUUGGGUAGAAUAGGCAUGCAAAAUCCUGACCGCAUGGCAAUUGUGGUGGAAAAUUGGAAACGGCGAAGCAACUCGCUAAAGACACUGCCACUAGUGUCAGGAAACCGGGAUCAGCUAUGGAAGAUCAAGAUUUAUCCUGCUUUGGCGAUGUUUGUACGACUGUUUGGAAAUUGCCACGUUGACGAACAUUUUGAGGUUCCAAAUGAAUACCCGUGGCCGAAACUGAGCUGGGGCCUGCGGCUAGGAGCAGAAAUCGCACUGUAUUCGAACAGUGGCACGUACUUCGAGCAAGUUGGACGUGAUGCAGAUCUUUUGAAUGCGCUGGGGUUUUCGUUCAAGCUAAUGAGAACUCCUUGGAAACGAUUUGGCGCUCCGCUACUAGAAACGUUUCUUAUGGUCCACCCGUCUGCGGUUGUACCCGACGACUUCGUGAUACCAUGCGACGAACCUUGGCGGAAGAAAGUGUGGGGUAUUAAGCUAGGAAUUCUCGUGCGCUGGAACUCCCAGCACAUGACUGCCAUUGAGUAUGGGUGGAGAAUGGAAGUGCUAAAUGCUGUCGAAGUUCACCGGUCGAUGGGUGGAGAUAUACCAAUCCGGAAUAAGAUCGUGAUUCCAUCUCAGCCACCUUGGCCGACAAGGACAUGGGGAAUGGACUUAGCACAUAUUCUGCACCGUCUCAACGUUGGCGCGUACUAUGAUGGGCACGUCGCCUUGACCCGGACGCCUUUGAAAAGUUUUCUUCGUCAACAGCGAGAUGAGGCCUGGGAACUAGUUUUUGCAGCUUUGAAAGUGUUCUCAAGCCAAUUCGGGCACUGCUACAUCACACCUCAAUUUGUCUUUCCCGAAGGGUCUCCGUGGCCGAAGAGUGUCUGGAAUCUGCAGUUAGGAAAAAUAGUUGAGAACAUGAAGAUGAAGGGCAACUUUUUUUCGUAUAUUGGGCGGUGUGCAGACAAUCUGAACAAGAUGGGCUUUGCACUUUCGCUCUCCAAUGCAGUUUGGGAGAAAAAGGUUGCGCCACUUGUUGCAAUGUUUGCCAAACUUCACCCUCGAGUCAGUGUUCCAUGGGAAUGUGGCUGGGGGUUUACUAUACCACAUAAAGAACCGUGGCCUGAGAACGUCUGGGGAGUAAACCUCGGAAUAAUCAUUCAGUGGAAUUUGAUUCAGUUGGAGACAAUCGAGCGCGACUGGAAGGAGCAGGUAAUGCAGGCCAACGAGACUUACCAAUUCGAGAAUGGCAACCGAAUUCUUCGUGAUCACUUUGUGGUCCCAGCACGGUUUCCAUGGCCUUACAAAACUUGGGGCAGGGAGCUUCGGCAUAUCCUUACGCGCGUACAGGUAGGACGGCCAUACUGUGGUCAUAUAGCUCUUGUCGAACCUCGUGCGAGCGAGGGUGGUGUUGCUGCCUGUAGCAAGAACAGAGAGUGGAAAAUGAUUAUUCUCCCCGCACUCCACACAUUUGCCGUGGUGUUCGGACACUGCACGAUUUCGGAUGAUUUUGUUGUCCCAUCAGCUUAUCCCUGGCCCAACAAAACGUUUGGACUGCAGUUGGGAAAUGUCGUCUCGGACAUGGAGAAGCACGGAUUCUACUUUGCUGAAGUUGGGCUUUAUGCCGAUCAACUAGAGGCUUUCGGCUUCCGAUACAAGUUAGCCGACGCGGUAUGGCAGGAGCAUAUGACACCUUUGCUGAAGACGUUUGCCACGCAAUUCCCUCAUGAGAUUAUGCUUGAGGAUUUUGUCGUGCCUUCAACAACACUGUGGCCUCAAAACUUUUGGGGCUACAAACUCGGCAAAGUUGUGUCGUGGUCCUCCCAGUUUGUUUGGAAUCACAAACAAACGCGAUGGGAACAGCGUACAUUGCCGCAGUCUACCAAUCGAGCAGGUGGAUAUGGCUACUGUAGGGUACCAGCCGGUUUUAAGUUUCCCUGUGAGCUCCCAUGGCCCAAGCACAUGUGGGGUUUACGAAUGAGAAGUUUUCUCGGAGAGGUGAACGAAAGUGCCCAUCUCCCUCUUUAUGAUGACUUACACCGCGCUUUGCUAGACGAGCAAGAAGUUGGGUUUGUCUUUGAACUAAUGACGGAAAAGGCAGCAUGCGAGAAAGGUGAACGCGAAGAGUUCAUCGCGGGUGUAAUGCGAUCAUCGCCGGAAGAACCAAAUAGCUGGUUACGCAAGCGUUCACUCGCAGACGUUUCGUGUUGUAGAUAG